ACCACUUCGACCUGCUAGAAAAUCAGAUGUCCCAGAGAGCUAAAGAUAUGACACUUCUACUACUUCUGAUCAUGAUGUAUGGCCCGAAUGGUGGAAAACUACAAAAAACUCAAAGAGGUCAAGCAACAUUAGCUCUGACAAAUGACACAAUAGAGACGAGAAUCUCAUUUGGAACUGAACACAAUGUUACUAUUUUGGACACUGCAGGACAGUUAGUUUGUAAUUCAAACAAAAAAUCAUGUUAUAUUGAGUGCUCCAGUCACAAUUUAUUUGAAAACGUAAGCUUCACAGUACUGGAAAAAUUGGAACUGACAAUAAUAAAUGUGGAAAACACAACAAUUGACUUCAACAUAAUAGUAAAUCAAACAUCAUGCAGCUGUACUGUGGUAGACUGUUUGCCUGAUGAAAUAAGUAAGCUCCUGACAAGGAAAGAGAGACAAAUGAAUAUCCCAAAAGACAUGAGAAAUAUUCUCAAUAUUAAACAAAUGUGCAAAGAAGUGAUCUUUCAUGAAGCUGUUCUGGACACCUACAUUAGAGUGGAGAAGAAAGCCAUCAACAGCAUUGUAAAUAUGACUAUUCCUGAGCAAUCCAAGAACUACUAUGAAGAGGAUAUUUCCAUGACUGUGGUUAAGAUUUAUUUAAACACAACAAAUGGUUUUGUACCAAUCGCCGCUCCAAGCGUAUUAAAUUAUGAUAAAGUAGCUGACACAUUCAUCCCAGUUGAGCCUUUCAAAAAUGAGACCCAGAACAAAAUCGGCGUAGUUACCUACAAUGCUGAUGAGCACUUUAAGACUAAAGUAAGAAAUAAAUUUUUUACCUCCAAAGUCAUACGGAUUGAGGUCCCUGACCGUGACAUUGCAAAUUUAAAGAAACCACUUAAAAUGAACUUCAAAAUUAAUUCCACAAAGGACCCAUCUGCAAGUACCUACACUGUGUCCUGCCAGUUCUAUGAUGAAAAAGGAGACAAAACCUGGAAAACGGAUGGCUGUGAAACCGCUAUGAUCAGUGAUGAUGUUGUGGAGUGUUCCUGUGAUCAUAUGACCCCUUUUGCUGUGCUUCUGGUUGACUUGAAGAUAUCCAAAAACCAAUGGGAAAUCUUGUCGUAUAUAAGCUAUACAGGUUGCAGUCUGUCUGCGUUCUUUUCUGCCUCCACUGUCCUGAUGUUCAUUUUCAACGGCAAUGCAAGGGCAGAAGUGUCCAGCAGCAUUCACGUGUCUCUGAGUGGUGCUCUGUUUCUCCUCAACAUGAGCUUCAUGUUCAGCGAGUGGGCCGCCACGUGGACAGUGAAAGAAGUGUGUGUGUUUAUUGCUGCGACUAUACACUACAGCCUGCUGUGUUCUUUCACCUGGAUGGCUAUUGAAGCCUUGCACCUUUACCUUCUUCUCAUCAGAGUCUUCAACAUUUACAUCAAACACUACAUGGUCAAGUUGUCCCUGAUUGGAUGGGGAGUCCCUGCUGUUAUUGUUGGAUGCUUGCUGUCAGUUAAUAACAUUUAUGGCAUCAGCAAUAGUAUAUUAUCUGAUACUAACACAACAAAUCAAAUUUGCUGGAUCAAAGAGCCUCGCGUCCUGUAUGGCGUGAGCGUUUCCUACUUCAGCAUCGUAUUCCUGUUCAACUUAGGAAUCCUAAUCACAGUGUCCAGACAAAUAUUUAAGCUACGAAAAAUGGGCAACAGGCACAACAAGAUGCCAGUUUGUAAGGAUUUAGGCACAGUGCUGAGCCUCAUGUGUCUGCUGGGUACAACAUGGGGUUUGGCCUUCUUCAGCUCUGGAUAUACCAACUACCCGAUACUCUACCUAUUCUGCAUCUUAAACACAAUGCAAGGGUUUUACAUCUUUGUGUGGAUGUGUGCUGUAGCGAGGAAAAACAGUACGCAAACACCUCAUUCCAAGUCUACAUCCACUCUGGACACCUCCAAAUAAGAUCCUCUCAUGCAGUUUUCUUACUAAAACCUCUGACAUGGUUUUACAAGAACACAACCCUUACGAAAAAGAAGUUUAUUCAAGUGUGCUAUUAGUAUACUUCUUUUAAACUAAAAAAAAAGAAGGUAUACUUUCAUUUAAGUAUACUUAGAAAAAGUCUAAAUAUAUUUUUGUACUCAGAGAAUCCAUGUUUUCAUUGUUAUAUGGAAGGGGGCGCUAUUACACAUCUUCUGUACAGAAUUUUCAAAACACAAACAAAGAAGAAACCAAAACAACCCAUGUUUCCACAUAUUUUUAACAUGACCAUCAGUCAUUCAUAGUCUUUCUUCAGAUUUUUGUUCAAAAUGUUGUUUAUUUAUUUCUUUUUUCAUUAUUACUUAUGAAAUUACCCACAUUCAAGUGUUUAUAAAAAUAUAAAAUGUUUUUGUUUACAAGCAGUCCUUUCUUUUGAUGUUUUGUAUGUUCAGAUAUUCAUAUAACAAAAUAUUCAAAAUAAUACGUAAAUAGGGACAUGGUAGUAUACUUAAAGUUUAAAGGAGAAGUCCA